GGGAGGGAGUGGUGGAGAGACACUGGCUGACAGUGAGCGAGGCAGGAAGCUGCCUGCAGGCUGGGAGUGGUCGGACGUAUAAAAGACAAGUCGUCUUCCUUCUUUCUGCAUUUUACUUCUCUUCCCCCUCUUCCUCAUACCUGAGACUAUACCUGCGCAGGAUGUCGUGGCAGUCAUACAUUGAUAACCUAAAGACGCCCGACCAGAGCGGGAAUGUCCCGGUCAUGGAGGCGGCCAUCUGCGGGAUAGCGUCCGGGCAAGAGAGUGUGUGGGUCAGCACGCCCGGCCUGGCCGGCAUUACGACGGAGGAAAUCAAAAAGCUGGCUGGUGACAGGUCGACUUUCCGCCAAGCUGGCCCUUACGUCGCGGGGAUGAAGUGCAUGCUGCUCCGAGACCAGAUGGACGUAGAGUCGGUCUACACCUUGGACCUGAAGACAUCGAAGAUUAACGACCAGUCCUACUCAAUAUGUGUCGGCAAGAGCAACCAGGCUAUAGUCAUAGCUCAGGGCACAAAAGAUGCCAAUGGCGGACAGCUGGCCACCAAGGUGUACACCGUCGUUGACCACCUGCGGAAAGCCGGCAUGUAAGACAAGAUGGCCGCCGUCCCCUCCUGUACCCACCAAACAAGAUGGAUGCCACCCCCUGCCUCCCUCUGCGCAUCAACUCAAGAAAAUGGCCGCUGUUCUAAGCUUCUUUAGUUUUUUAUUAAUAUUUUGACCUUCCAGGUGUAUUUCUGCCAUCAGGGAUAAAUAAAAAGUGUUUAGUUAACUGAUUAAGUUUUAUUCCAUGUAAUGAGUGAGUGAUGAACUUGACUGCACUCUUUGUGGUUGGCGUUCGAAGCAGCGAGGCAGUGUUACAUUUUUUCCAGUGGAGAUGGAUCUGUGUCCAAUCACAGCUCUGUAGAAACAAAUCACACACUGAAAAAUAAAAAGAGCAACAUGUUUAUUCUGAAAA